AUGACUAUUUUACAAGUCAAUAAACCUUCUCGUUUUGAGGUUACGUGGGUAGGGGCUAAAGGGUGUGAGGACAUUAUCAAGAAUUAUUGGCAAUCAAUAGACCAUUUUGAUUCUGUUACAGAGAUAAUGAGUGAUAUCUCUUCGUGUAAUCAACAUUUGAAGCUAUUACAUUCUUGUAGUGGGGUCUUGAAGAAGUGGGCUAAAAAUAAAGAUAGUAAUAGAGGGAAAGAGAUAAAGAGAUUGACUAUGAAGAUCAAGAAGCUGCAAGAUAAUGAAGGACUAGAAAAUGUCGAGGAAAUUAGAGAGUUACAGAAUGAGGUAAGGGUGUUGCUGGUGCAAGAAGAUGUCAAAUGGAGACAGAAGGCUAAGAGGAACUUGUAUAGAUUGAGUGAUAAGAAUACCAAGUUUUUUCAUGCCUCUGCAACCUAG